GAAUCCGAAGUUAACUCGAAUAAGGAAAUUGUCUUUGUUCCAACGAGAUUAGAAGAACUGAAUGAGGCUAGGUUCAUUCAGGUCAAGUAUCAUGGUUUGUCGGAAUUAGUUGUGAUAGAUUAA